AUGACACAGACUAAGAGCACACGCCUGAGCACGCGCCUGUGGGCGGGCCGGACUCAGCGCUCACACCCCCUUGGGCUGCGGCCCAGUGCCCGCUCCGCCUUCCACUUCCGAUGCGCGGUCAGUGGAGCCGGUGUAUGUGCGGCAAUAACGUCAGCCCCACUGCCCGCCAUUGUGCCCACCGUCCAGAAGGCCACCGCCGUGGUGAUUUUCCUUCAUGGAUUGGCAGACACAGGGCAUGGGUGGGCAGAAGCCUUUGCAGGUAUCAGAAGCGCCCACAUCAAAUACAUCUGCCCGCAUGAACCAGUUAUGCCUAUAACAUUAAAUAUGAACAUGGCCAUGCCUUCUUGGUUUGACAUUAUUGGGCUUUCACCAGAUUCACAGGAAGAUGAAACUGGAAUUAAACAGGCAGCAGAAAGUGUAAAAGCUUUGAUAGACCAAGAGGUGAAGAAUGGCCUUCCUUCUAACAGAAUUAUUUCGGGAGGAUUUUCUCAGGGAGGAGCUUUAUCUCAGUACACGGCACUGACCACACAGCAGAAGCUGGCUGGCAUCACCGCUCUCAGCUGCUGGCUGCCCCUGCGGGCUUCCUUUCCACAGGGUCCUAUCAGUGGCGUGAAUAGAGACAUUUCUAUCCUUCAGUGCCAUGGAGAUUUGGAUCCUUUACUUCCCCUAAUGUUUGGUUCUCUUACUGCUGAAAGGCUAAAGACAUUGGUAAAUCCAACCAAUGUAACCUUCAAAACCUAUGGAGGCAUGAUGCACAGUUCAGGUCAACAGGAAAUGAUGGCUAUCAAGCAGUUCAUUGAUAAACUCCUACCUCCUAUUGAUUGAUGUCACUAAGAGGCUUUGUGGAGAAGUGCACACCAGCAUCAUCGUCAUAGAGUAUAAAGUUUUUUCUGUGCCCGAUCUUGAAACCUCUGAUGUUUGCAGUGUUAAAAUGUUUUGCAAAUA